CAGGAGACUCCUUCAAGGACCUGCAGUUCCCUGGAGGGCUGCUGCUUCCUGGUCCUCAUGGAGGGAUCAAGUUGAUGGAAUCCGACGUGUGCGCCUUCAUGGCAUCCCAUGACUGUGACCUGAAGACCUCCCUGAAGUACGUGGCGGUCCUGGCACUCCAUCGCCGGGGCUGGCUGGACCGGUACAACGGCGUGCCGCGGAAGGUCAUCGCUGGAGCGCAGGCCUGGCAGAAGUCCAUUGGAGCCGCGGAGGAGUUCGAGUGCUUCGAUCUCACCUUCAUGGUCUCCCAGUCUCACCGUCGCCUGAACUCCGGGCGGUACGAGCGACUUGGGGGAAGCAGCAUGUUGGAGCAGGUGGACCUUGGUCUGCGGCGCUUGAAGCCGGAGGAGAUCCAGAACACGCAGCUCACCGUGAACCGCAGCUUCAGCUGCGGCGGCAGCGUCAUGAAGGCCAUGGCGUUGCUGGUGACCGGUGCCAAGCGAAUCGAGGACUUCCCAUUGAUUCGGGUGGCCUGGUCAGAAAGUGGACAGCGAUGGUACUCCGCGGACAACCGGAGGUUGUUCAUCUUCAAGGUGGUCGCACCUCUGCUCGACCUGGAGGACGUGGAGGUGGCAGUCAUCAACUGGACUUCGGAGUUCGAUUGCAAGAACAACCAGAAGGAGCGCUUUGGAGAGGUCUGGGCCACCCACGCGACCAGCGUGGCGCAGGUGCGGCAUCAGCUGCUGGAGGCCAUGGCACGCGGAGAUGACUUUGGGCCGCCCGAAAGUGAUGACCCAGAAUUGCAGAGCCUUUAUGUUCCCUUGCUAGAUCCGGCUUUGAGCGCGCCGAUCUGUGCAGAAAGCGAAGGGGAAGCGGAAAAGGAGGAUCUCUCCUGCGACGCCUAUCACCUGCCGGCUGAGCCCUCGCGCAACGUGCGGCGUCUGGAGGGCGGUGACCUCGACGUUCUGGGCGACGUGCGAACGCUGCGAAUGGCAGGGCGAGAGGCUCGGGCCGAGAUCCUACAGCUGCAGAUCGAAGCCUUUCGGGACCAGGCUGAGGAACAUGAGAAAUUGAAGGAGCUGCUGCGACCUUUGAACGUGACCAACUUUGAGCAAAUCGGUUUGAACAUGUCCUCGUGUAUCGCGGAAGCUGUUCGUUUGUCGCUGAUCGACGAUGCGGAGAAGAAGCGGCUGCAGGCCAUUGAUGAUAGAGGCAAUUGUGCCAAGCAUUGUCCAGAGAGGUUGCGUGCCACAGCUGAAGAUAGCGAUGCCGCGCCAAUGCGAGAGGAUGACCCAAAUGCUCCACACGGUCCACGUGAGCCGGUGGAAGUCAUCCAUGGCGAAGAUGCCGUGGAGCUGCUCCGUCGCGUGGGGCAGAGCUUGGCGAAGUCUCCGAACCGCCAGGAGGAGGUGGCGGUGUCACUGCUGAAGGAAGUCCUCGAGUGUCACUGCAGGUUGAACGACAACCAGAAGCUACCCUUGGACUUUGAGCUGUUGGAGUCGCAGCCGGAGGCCUUUCGCAUGGCCGUGGUCGUGGCGGGCCGCCGCUUUGAGGCGGCAGAAUGCUGCAGUAGCAAGAAGGAGGCCAAGAGAAAGGCAGCUCUGGCGGCCAUUGAUGGCUUGGUCCGCGACUUCCAGGGCCUGUCGAGUCCCCGGUCGAGUAAUGGGUCCAGUCCCGACUCGGAGAGGUCCAGUGACUGGGAAGUCUUGGAGGACUAUGAGAUCUGUGAAGCUCAAGGCAGCGAGGACUAUCUUCGCGUGGAGCUGGUGCUGGAACCCGACCAUGCCACCAGCUGCCAGUGCUUUCGCCCCAAGGAGCAGCUUUUAGAACACCUGGAACAGCUUAUGGGAAGGGCGCCCACGACGUUCGAGUGCCGCUUCGCCUUCAAGGGCUGGCAGCGUUUCUGGCGCUGCCGGGUGCAGCUGCAGUCCCCGCUGCUGGAGCUGCGCGGAAGCUUCGAAGGGACCCCUGCGCAGACGCCGGAGACGCCUGGGUUAAAACAUUAG